GGCACGCCGGGAGGUGUGGCCUGGGGAGCGGGGCACGCCGGGAAGCGCAGUUCCCGGCAGCGGCGGGACGCGCGGGGCACGCCGGGAGGUGUGGCGCGCUGGAGCGGGGCGCGCUCGGCGCUCGCCGGCGGGGCUGAGCGCGGCGGGGCGCGAUGCUGCGGCGGAAGCCGACGCGGCUGGAGCUGAAGCUGGACGACAUCGAGGAGUUCGAAAGCAUCCGCAAGGACCUGGAGAGCCGCAAGAAGCAGCGGGAGGACGCGGAGGUGGCGGCGGCCGGGGAGGAGCCGGCGCCCGUCGCGCUGGGCAGCGAGCACAAGAGCCGGGAGCAGCUCAUCAACGACCGCAUCGGGUACAAGCCGCAGCCCAAGGCCGGCGGGCGCGCCGCCCACUUCGGCACCUUCGAGUUCUGAUGGCAGCGGGACACGGCGGGGGAGCCGCCCCACCCCGGGCCGGCCUCACCCCCCUCCGCCCUCCGUUUGUUUGUUUGCUGAAGUUUGUCUGGUUAACACGUCUGUGAAUGCCCCUUG